CAAAAGCCAAAAACACCUCAGGCGUUUUGGUAUUUUUUUUUUCUUUUUCUUUUUGAACAUCUGACAUCUGAGCUUCUUUCAAGAGGAGUCUCAAGAUGGGUGUCCGGAAUUCCUGCAUUCGUGCUACCAAUCCGGACAAUCAUGAGGUUUUGUCUCCAAAACUUUGUGAUUUGCGGCCAAGGUUACAUCUAUUGGCCAAUAAAGAUCAGGUAAUGGGAGAAAUAAAGAAGGAGAUGCGCAUUGCAGCGGGCGCUGAAAAGCUCUACAGAGUGACCUCAGACAAGGAGACCUUAGCCCGUCUGAGGAAGUUUAUGAAGGAGUCAGGGAAAAAGCUGAAAAUUCUUUAUGCCACCCUUCAAAACCUGAAUGUGGCAAUUGCACAGAAGGACCCUGAGAUUCACCCAGGUUCUCCCCAUGACCCACCAACAAAUGCCCCAGAGGAUUCCUGUGUUAGGGACCCACCAACAAAUGCCCCAGAGGAUUCCGUAAAACACAGCAGAAGACUUUCACCGGCUGUGACGACGGAACCAGAAGUUUUGCAUUUGACCAACUGCACUCUGCAAGACUUCACCCAACGAGGUUUCCUAGGCGAGGGCGGAUUUGGGAAGGUUCUCCAUGUGCAACACACGGCAUCAAAAAGAUCGUAUGCCCUGAAGAUCCUAAAAAAACAGAAGAUCACCACCUUAAGGGAUGUUGAAAGGAUUUUGGUCGAGAAACGGGUCGCUCUCACAGCAGCUGUCCACCCCUUCACCGUGGAUCUACAUGCCACCUUCCAGUCAGACCACCAUCUCUUCUUCCUCAUGGAGUAUGUCGCUGGAGGCUGCUUAAGGACUCUCCUGGAGAGGGAACGUAAAUUUGGACAACGGAGGACUACGUUCUAUGCUGCGUGCACAGUGCUGGCCAUCUCCUAUUUGCACGAAAAUGGUAUCAUACACCGAGAUCUCAAGCCGGAAAACCUGCUCUUAGACAGCAACGGGUACAUCAAACUGGCUGAUUUCGGACUAUGCAAAGACGGAAUUGGCUAUGGGGACAGAACACGCAGCCUGACUGGAACCUAUGACUACAUGGCUCCCGAAGUCCUCUCCAGGCUGCCGUAUUCAAGAUCUGCAGAUUGGUGGUCUCUGGGCAUCGUGAUCUUCGAGAUGCUAGUCGGGGACCUACCAUGGAUGAGACCAUCUAUUGGCGUCGUCUGCCCAAAGUUCCUGGCUGAGGAUGCAGCUAUUUUAAUAUCAGGGCUUUUACAGUUGGACCCAUGGAUGCGGCUGGGCUCCAGCGAGGAAGAUGCAGGUGAACUAAUGUUUCAUCAUUUCUUUCGAGGCAUUGACUGGCUGGCUUUGGUACAGAGAAAAUUGCAGCCCCCAUUCAUACCGGAGGAUGUUGGACUUUCCGACGAUGGACCCUGUUAUGAACAUCUACUUCUAACACCUCCCUCCGAGGGUUCCUUGGCAAUAAGAAAAGAGAUCGCCGAUGCCUUUGGGAGCUUCGAUUAUUCCGCAAUAUAGAGCUGCGUGAUCAUCCUGCAACGCAAAAAUCAUUGCCAUCACCCGCGUUGACAGAAGAUUGGGGACACAUGAAAAACGGCACAUCAGGUCAUCUUGCUUUCUGUUUCUCUUCCAUCCAGAGCAAUUAGCGGUACCCCUCCUCCUUCCACCAUAGCUCCACCAGCGGUGCCCCAUCUCCUUCUACCGUAGCUCCACCGGCGGUGCCCUCCCUUCCUACUAAAAUAUAGCAUCAUAAACAGGAGCGCACUUAAGCCACUCGGUAAACCCUGCAUUCCUUUUCACUCCAUCCCCCAAGUGUGCAGAAGCCGGGUCUGCAGGCUGCUGGGGCUCCAAUGGAAUGAAACGGAAUGCAGCAUUCACCGAGCUGCUUAACGGUGCUCAUGUUUAAGCUGCCAUAUUGCUUACCGUAAUUCCACCUGCGGUGCCUCCCUUUCCACCUAAAAUAUGGUUUCAUGGGCAGAUGCACCUAAGCCACUCGGUAGUCCCUGCAUUCCAUUUCACUCAAUCCCUCAGUGUGCAGAAGCCGGGUCUGCAAGCUGUCUGGGCUGCCAGUUCUCCAAUGGAAUGGAAUGGAAUGCAGCAUUCACCUAGCAGCUUAAUGGCGCUCAUGCGUAUGCUGCCAUAUUGCUUUCUUUUUCUUUUCCUUCAUUCCAAUUCCACCAGCAGUUGUCCCUCUUAUAUAGUAUCAUAAACUGGAGCACCAUUUAGCCACUCGGUAGACUCUGCAUUCCUUUCAACUCCAUCCCUCAGUGUGCAAAUGCCGGGGUGUGCAGGCUGCCUGGGUUCAAUGGAAUGGAUUGGAAUGCAGCAUUCAUCUAGCUGCUAAACGGUGCUCAUGUUUACGUAGCCUUAUUGCUUUUUGUUUCCCUUCCUGCCACUGUAAUUCCACCAGCAGUCCCUCCCUUCCCAUCUUAAAUAUGGUUUCAUAGACAGAAGCCCCCUUAAGCCACAUGGUAGACCCUUCAUUUCUUUUCUCUCCAUCCCUCAGACUGCAAAAGCCGGGUCUGCAGGCUGCAAGGGACCAAAGAAAUGGAAUGCAGAGUUCACCUAGCAGCCUAAAGGCGCUCAUGUGUAUGCUGCCAUAUUACCAUCUGUUUCCCUUACCCUCUUUCUCUUGAUUAAAUAUGGCAAAUUGAUCCUGGGAGCAAAUCCGAUUGCCGUUAAGGAGUCAGGAAGGAAUUUUUCCCUCACAAAGGGUUUUUGCCUUCCUCUGGAUCAAAUAGCCCUAUUUAUCCUAUAAUAAUUAUUAAUAAAGCUGUGCGUUUCACAGAUUUAACCAUCA